UAUUGAUAAUAGUUUUAAUUCCUUAUCCCGAACACCCCUUGGCUGUCUUCCACUAAAGAAAAAGCUGGAGAUAAUUCUCGACUCCAGUGACGGUGACCCCACUUUCGUUGUAUGAAAUUGACAUAAUGAUUACGCGCAUUGUGGGUAACUUGUGUGGCCGGCUUUCUUCUAACUUGUUCCUCGACAGCUUUAAAAUUUCCUUACUCUGUGUUCAUCUCUCUGCUAUUUUUCUGGGUUGCAAUACUUCGUGAAAGUGAACGAUCUCCUUAUGGAAGACGUGUUUCCAUCUUAUGAUGUUUUGAUUAAUCACAGAGGGCCUGAUACCAAGAAAACUCUCGCCAGCCUCAUCUAUCGCGAACUCAGUGAGCAUGGAUUGAGGGUGUUUCUCGAUGAACGGGAAUUGGAAGUGGGAGAUCCCUUUCCCCCUGCAAUUCAAUCUGCCAUUCGUGGUGCCUCCGUCCACAUCGCUAUUUUCUCCAAAACAUAUGCGGAAUCCGUUUGGUGUUUGGAUGAGCUGUUAUGGAUGUUUGAUUCUCAUGGUAAUAUUAUCCCCAUCUUCUAUGAUAUCCAACCUUGGGAGCUUCGCCAUGUUGGCAAGGGAGCAUAUGCCGGAGCCUUUCAGGAUCAUAGAGACAAGGGCAGGAUUACCAUUGAACAAGUGGACAGAUGGAUAACCGCCCUGAACAAAGUCGCUGAUAUUUCUGGCGUGGUGUUCGAGACGGAGAAAGAUAACCAUGGAGAUCGUUUGAAACAAAUAGUCGACAAAGUAUUAGAAAAGGUGGGAAAGAAACAACUGUAUGUGUGUGAUCAUCCUGUGGGACUUCUUCAAGCGGCAGCUAAUUUGGAAAAGGAGGUUUUGAGUCCAAGCGGCACCAACGUCGUGGGGAUUGUGGGGCUUAGCGGAUCGGGGAAAUCAAUUCUGGCUACUCAUCUCUACAACUCCAAGUGUUCCCAAUUCCAGAGAUGUUGUUUCUUAUCUGAUGUAAGUAAAAGAGAUUUACCAUCUCUGCAGCAAACUCUGCUUAGGGAUCUGCUGCGUGACCGAAAUUUGUGCAUUGAGGAUACGGGUAGAGGUAGAACCCUCCUUCGAGAUCGUCUGCGAGGGUUGAUUGUUUUGAUUGUUUUUGAUGAUAUAGAUAAUAGAGAGCAAAAAGACAAUCUGUUAUUUGUAAAGAAUCAUGUGGGAAAUGGCAGUCUGAUCUUGGUGACAUCUAAAGACCGCACUUUGCUUCAAGGGACUCCUGGGAAUCCUCGAGUAAAAAUAUACGAUGUCGAAUUACUAGGUGCAAAAGAUGCCCAGGAGCUGUUCUGCUGGCGUGCUUUCGGUCUCACCGAACUAGUCCAAGAUUUGCAAAAUAUGGUGGAAGAAUUGGUUAGAAUGUGUGGUGGGUUUCCUUUGGCUUUAAUAGUUUUAGGAGAACUGUUCGUCGAUGAACGUCAUCCAAGAAUGUGGAAGAAGCACUUGGACAGCCUCAGUAAACGACUGCCGGAUGAGGUCUUAAGUCAGAUAGUAAUGGAUAGCUAUGAAUCUCUCAACGGUAGAGAGAAAGAGGCCUUUUUAGAUAUUGCCCAUUUCUUGAUGGGAGAAGAUAGAGGUCUGGUGGAGAGGGUUUUGGAUGGAUUAUUGAAUGAUGACGGCUUUCAAUGCCUUAAGACGCUCCAUCGUAAAUGCCUCGUGGAGUUAAAAAGUGCAGACAUAAUUCGCCAGAGAGGAUUAGGGGAUGACAGCGUGGAUUGGAGUGGAGGUAUUUGGAGAAGAGCAAAGUGGAGCUCCAAAAUAAGAAUGCACGAUUUAGUGAGGGACCUGGCGAGACAAAUCGGCAGAAGACAGGAGUUAGCUCUUCGCCUUUGUUGCUCAAGCGAUAAAAUGAUCUCCACACGGUACCACGUCUCCACGCAAAAGUACGAAGUACGAGGAAUUCGUAGAGAUGAAUCCCAUAAGUUGCCCGUAGUUUUGCAAAAUCAAGAUAUAUACGGAUUAAACAUUCUAGCGGUUCAAAAUCAAGAUAUAUACGGAUUAAAAAUCCUGCAGCAAUUCAAUAGUGUCUCGGGAGACUUGAUUUGGCUUCGCUUCAGUUUAAAUCAUUCUGCGCUCUCAUUGAGAUGUUUAAGGUUUACUCCUACUCUUUUACUGAGAAGUUUAAGAGUGUUGGAACUUCAUGGCGUCAGCCCUCAAGAUUUCUGCAACUUGUUUGAUGAUCGUGAGCCUCCUUCGGAACUGCGUGCAUUGGAAGUCGCAUUGAAUGGAGAUUUUGGAAGCGCAAGCACGAGCACAGCUGGACCAUCCACAGCCGUGGUCAAAAAACAUGGUUCAACUUCAGAGUCAUUGCAGCCUCCAAUAGCUAUUCCAAUAGGUAUUGGACAGAUGUUUCAGGCGUGGUUAGGAAAGCUGAAUUUGAGGAAUUUGGGUAAGAUAGUUUUACAAAAUAUUCCAGGCCUGAAGACACUCCCAAUAAAAUUUGAGGAAGUAACAAAUCUGACACAUGUAGAUCUAUCUGGCUGCAGCGAUUUGGAGGUUUUGCCAAAUUCUUUUACGGAAGAAUUAUUGCAACUCCAAUAUUUAGCAUUGCGAGAUUGCAGGAAGCUUGUUCUCCAAGAUUUGGGAAAAAUCUCCACGCUCGAGUACCUCGACUUUCAGGGUUGCUCCAUGCUAGAGGAAAUGCCCAAAGGAACUGAGGUUCAGAAGUCUUUAAAGCAUUUAAAUGUGGUCCAUACUAAGCUGAGGAAAUUGCCUGACAAUCUUGAACAACUGGAAGAUCUGGAAGAACUACAUAUAGGGAGCUGGGGAUUGACAGAGAUGCCAUCUUCUCUAUAUAAUUUGAGCAGGUUAACAUAUUUAACUCUGAUAGGGUGCACUAAUCUACUUCUUAUUGGCAACUCUAUUGAAAAGUUAGUACAUUUGGAAAGUUUCAGAAUAUAUAAAUGUGGAAUGAGAACGUUACCUGUAACAAUUGCACGGGUGAAUAUGAAAAUUUUGGAUGUUCAAGUUUGUCCACUUGAUAUGGAGCAGUUGCUGACAGGAGUGAAUCCAGGAAAUAUGCCUCUGGAUAGUUCUCAGGUGCAGGCAAGUAUUGGUCAGAGUGCUCAUCCAAAUCACCCAGGUUGUUUAACAGAUUUAAUCAUAAGACACAGCCGCAUUCAAGAGAUAGACAUUCCUCAGGCCGAAAGUCUUUUUCCCAAACUUGAAACUGUUGAUCUGUCCUACAAUUGUCUUUUGAGAAAGAUUGGAAGGUUACCAGACAAUCUGAUAAGUCUGAAACUGACAAACUGUUCAAGGCUGACAAGACUGGCAUGCCUCUCUAACCUGGCAAGACUCAAAGUUCUUGACAUAAGCGGAUGUGGUGAACUAGAGACACUUAAUGUGGAAGGUCUGAAAUCAAUACAAGUUAUUAAAGCCAAUAGGUGUUGGCAACUGCGAAGCUUUCAGGGUCUGGAUCUAUUGGCACAGUUAUCCUGUUUUCAAAUCUCCGUUCGAGCAUGGUGGAUACAGUUAUCAUCUCUUCAUAGCUAUCUGAUUUCUUUUUGUCAGCUUGCAUUAGUGACUGCAUCACUAUGGUCUAGCUUCUUUCAUGCAACUAGCUCUUAUGGUCUGUAUUCUUCCACGCAACUAGCUCCUACGUAUUGUCUUGCUUAUGCUUUCUGUAGCCGUCAGAUUCCAAUUCUGUAGUGAGCGUGAUCGGUUUUCCCGCUUAGCAUUUCGCAUCCACUAUAAUGUCCAACUACAAAUGAUAUUUCCGUAUCGAGCAACUUGUGUAUUAUUUUUGUUGUGAACUGUACGCAUAGUAUUCGUUCUUUUGCGGGCACUUGGAA